GCAAGGCGAGAAGCUCCGGCCCCAGUAGCUUGGGCGCCCCGCACCACCGUUAACAUCCCGCCGGGUGUCCGGGACCCCUAGGCCAUGAAACCUUAGGCCAUGUCGAAACGCGACAUCGUCCUCACCAAUGUCACCGUUGUCCAGCUACUGCGACAGCCAUGCCCGGUGACCAGACCACCACCCCCACCUGAGCCCAAGAUUGAGCCCCAGCCUGAGCCAGAGCCUGAGCCUGAGCCAGUCAAGGAGGAAGCGCCACCUCCUCCCCCUAAGAAGGUUCCUUUGGUCCGGAAGCUGACUGUGGGCAUCAACGGAUUCGGACGCAUCGGUCGCCUGGUGCUACGUGCCUGCGUGCAGAAGGGUGUUAAGGUGGUGGCAGUGAAUGACCCAUUCAUUGACCCAGAGUAUAUGGUGUACAUGUUUAAAUACGACUCCACCCAUGGCCGGUACAAGGGGACUGUGGAGUUGAGGAACGGACAGCUGGUCAUAGACAACCAGGAGAUCACCGUCUUCCAGUGCAAGCAGCCCAGAGACAUCCCCUGGAAGACUGUUGGGAGCCCCUUUGUGGUGGAGUCCACGGGUGUGUACCUGUCCUUAGAGGAAGCUUCGAAUCACAUAGAGGCAGGUGCCGCGCGCGUGGUAAUCUGCGCACCCUCACCGGACGCACCCAUGUUUGUCAUGGGGGUAAAUGAGACCAGCUAUAACCCUGGCUCCAUGAAAAUUGUCAGCAAUGCAUCCUGCACCACCAACUGCCUGGCCCCCCUUGCCAAGGUCAUCCAUGAGCGAUUUGGGAUCGUGGAAGGGCUGAUGACCACAAUUCACUCCUACACUGCCACCCAGAAGACAGUGGAUGGGCCGUCGAAGAAGGCCUGGAGAGAUGGACGGGGCGCCCACCAGAACAUCAUCCCAGCCUCCACAGGGGCUGCCAAGGCCGUGGGCAAAGUCAUCCCAGCCCUCAAAGGGAAGCUGACGGGAAUGGCGUUCCGGGUGCCAACCCCAGACGUAUCUGUUGUGGACCUGACCUGCCGCCUGGCCCAGCCUACCUCGUACCAGGCCAUCAAGGAUGCCAUAAAAGCAGCAGCCAAGGGGCCCUUGGCUGGCAUCCUUGCCUACACCGAGGAUGAGGUUGUCUCCACGGACUUUGUGAGCAAUACCCACUCGUCCAUCUUCGAUGCCAAAGCCGGCAUCGCUCUGAACGACAACUUCGUGAAGCUCAUUUCCUGGUACGACAACGAAUAUGGCUACAGUAACCGGGUGGUAGACCUGCUCCUCUACAUGUUCAGCCGAGACGGCCCUGUGAAGCAGGACGACCCCUCCUCUGCUCCCCUGGGCUUCAGCGCCUGAACCUGGACCUCCCUUUCCCGCCUCUCCCGGGGACGGAAGGCGCCGGUAGUGAAAUAAAAACGCAGAGUGCUCACUGUCA